GGCCCCUAAAGUUCAACAGGAUCUUAACGAUUAAGCUAUGUGUACCAUGCAUCCCUGACGAGCCUCGUAAUACACAUACGUACUAACCGUUAUAUUACUACCUAUGUAUGUAUUAAUCUAAAAACUGCCGGCCGUCGUACAAUUCGUUGGUGUCGAUGUGAGACUGGUACAAUACAUACCACCACGUGCAGGACGAGUCGGUUGUUGGUUUUAUCUAAUAUUUUCCAACAGUAAUAGCUCGCUCGGGGUUAUUGUCCAAAUCUAGACCAACAAGGUGUUAACGAUGAUACACCUUGCCUCUCGUUAAACUAACUGCCUUCAUUUUCUUAUCUGGUCAUUUCUUUUCCUUGCCUCCAUUUCAAAUACCUAUCGUCUCUCCACAAUGCGAACUUGAUGUCUCCUCCCUAAGGUCCGGAUACUCGAAGGUGUUUGCGAUAUUCGCUUUUUCACACACACAUACACACAUACAAGUCAGCUGAGCUGGACUUGGAGGAUCGACGCGCGGGGCGUAUGUAUGUUGGACGAAUACAAAAAAAAUUAAUUAAUUGUAUUAAGUAAGAGCCUGGAACUCUUAAGGAAGGUUACCCAGCCCAGCCUCAAGCAAGCAAGCCACCCCGAAGCGCCGCAGGACGGAAAAACGCAAGGAAGGAGCCUGGAAUUGGAAGCAACGAGCGCACACAAUGUCUCGCAGCAGCAGCAGUCGCAAGCCAUCUUCGGACGCGGCUGUCGUUACAACUACAACGCCAGCAAUAUUCGACGACGAAGCCGUUAAGAAGGCGGCCCGCGACGAGGAGUACACCCUCGACCCCAUCGGCACCGGUUCGUCCAGCAAGUCCUCCUCCUCCCGUAUCAAGGGUGGUGGUCAUCUACGGCUCGCUUCGAACUCGACGGACGACGGCGACGAAGCUACCGCGGCGGCGCGCAUCGCUGCGGGACAGACGCGCGACAACACGGAUAGCGCUUCGAUCGAGAAUGGCGAUAGUGUCGCGUACAAGGUGUAUAAGCGGCGGUGGUUUGGGCUCUUACAGCUGACGCUGCUCAAUAUCAUCGUCAGUUGGGACUGGCUGACUUUCUCCCCGGUCUCACAAAAUGCCGCCGCUUACUACGGCACCACCGAGUCGGCCGUCAACUGGUACUCGACGGGCUUCCUGUUCGCCUUCGUCGUCAUCUUCCCCGUCACCAUCUACACCCUGCACUGGGGUCCGAAGCCCUCCAUCAUCGCCGCCGCCGUGCUGAUCCUCGUCGGCAACUGGAUCCGCUACGCCGGCUCUUACUCCCGCGACGGCGGCAGGUACGGCGUCGUCAUGUUCGGCCAGAUCUUGACCGGCUUGGCCCAGCCCUUCGUGCUAAGCGCCCCCACGCGGUACUCCGAUAUGUGGUUCACGGAUAGAGGCCGUGUUGCCGCUACCGCUCUGGCUAGUCUGGCGAAUCCGUUCGGCGCCGCGCUCGGACAGCUCAUCGUGCCGUUCAUGGUCGCCGGACCGGCUGAUAUCUCUAACGCCGUGCUCUACGUCGCUAUUAUCUCCUCCGUAGCCGCACUCCCAUCCUUUUUCAUCCCAGCAGAGCCUCCCACACCCCCCGGCUCAUGGUGUUCCACACCUAAAGCGUCCUUCCGCUCCUCGCUCCAACUCCUGAAAUCCAUCGAGAUCUGGCAGGUCCUGAUCCCGUACUCCAUCUACGUCGGCUUCUUCAACAGCAUCUCCACGCUUCUCAACCAGAUCAUGAUGCCCUACGGCUUCUCGUCGGACGACGCCGGCAUCGCCGGCGCCCUGCUCAUCGUCGUCGGGCUCGUCGCCGCCGCCAUCUCCAGCCCCAUCCUCGACCGCACCAAAGCCUUCCUGCUCGCCAUCAAGGUCGCCGUCCCGCUCAUCGCCCUGUCCUACCUCGCUUUCGUAUGGAUGCCGGGCACCCGCGACCUCGCCGGGCCGUACGUCGUGCUCUCCCUCCUCGGCGCCUCGAGCUUCUCCCUGCUGCCCGUCGCCCUCGAGUUCCUCUGCGAGCUGGGCCACCCCAUGAGCCCGGAGAUCACGUCUACGAUCGCCUGGGCGGGCGGCCAGCUGCUAGGCGGCGUCUUCAUCAUCGUCAGCGACGCGCUCAAGGCGGGGCCGACGGCGGAUCCGCCGCUCCACAUGGACAACGCGCUCGUGUUUACGGCGGUCGUCGCCCUGGUGGCGGUCGUCCCGGUCGUGGCGCUGGGCAUGUUUGGGCAAAAGGAGAAGUUGGCUAUUAGACGGGUGGGAAGCGGGAGUAGUAGUAGUAGUAGUGGUGGUAGUAAUGGUAAUGGUGGUAGCACUCGGGCUGUGAACGAUAGUCCUGCGUGAUACGAUAACUACAUUACGAUGGGUCACGAUGGGAUAGGAUGGGCGGCGCGGGACGGGUUUUUACGGUCAGAUGGACGGACGGACGGACGGAUGGAUUGGAAGACGUAGUGGUGUCUGUCCGGUAGGUCGGUGGGCGGCUGGAUUACUUGAUGGCAAUACCCGAAUGGGAAAAAUCUACUUCGGGAGGGAGGGGGGUUUACGGACAAGGACUCAGACGUGGACGCGGUUUCUUUCUACAGUCAUCCCGCUAUAUUAUCUCUCUCCGCCCCGGCCCUAGCGAGGUAAACGGUUUUCAAGCCGUCUUGCCACACUAACCUUCACGAUCCGGUCUAUUUUGUCCGCGGAGCCAUGAGCGCGGGAAGACGGAGGUGGGGUGAUAUUCAUGUCUUCAUGCGUAUGCUUUUAUUGUUAGUAGUAGUAGCGUGUUAUUCCUGUAUCUAUCUAUACCCCGUAGUGCGCAUUAAGUGUAUUUGCUAUUGCUCAUAUUUGAGAUAUAUCGG